AUCGUGAUUCUGUUUUAUCUUGUGAGGGACACAACUUUGUCAAGAAUCGUGUUCGAUUUCUCAUUUUCUACGUCAACUGUGCGAUUUUUAAAAGAACGAUCGUGUGAUCAUGGGCGUUUCUGCGAGUGGGAAUGUGGAAGUGAACCCGAAUGCCCAACAAUCGAUGGAGGGUCACUUCGAGAAUCCUGGAAGGGAAGGUGUCCAGUCUGCUUCUGAAGGAGAAGCUGGAUCUGACGAUUUCAUAGCUCCACCGAAAGUGGAUUUGAAUGCCCCUCCAGCUUAUGAUGUUGCUGUGGGUUCUGCAUUGCCUACAUAUGAAGAGGUCGAGCGGCAGAAGCUUGUUGAAUUCCGCGCUGAGGGACCCUUGCCGAAUAAUCGCAUAAAUCUUGAUGAGGACGAUCAUUGGGUUCAUCCAUUAUUUCACGUUGAUGUGGAUGCUCCGGACCAGGAUUCACGUCUUGGCACUGAUUUCGUCUUUUUUGCUGCAUUUUUCGCGGCCUUUCUCUUGAACUGGAUUGGUUUCCUGUUACUUCUCUGCUUCUGCCAAACCGUUGCUGGGAGAUACGGGGCUCUUGCUGGAUUUGGCCUUUCUCUGGCGAAAUGGACGGUGAUCAUCAAGCAUUCCAUGUUGACGCACGCGGCAGGAUCGCGGUUUUUGAUCGGGAAGGGUGGUCGUCUCUCGGAUGAAAUGACAACAGGAGCACAUGACGGAACGCGAAUCCAAGCAGACGAGUUGGACGACGAUUCGUGGCUCUGGUGGCUCCCGCUUGGAUUUGGAAUGCUGAUUUGCGUUCACGCGAUUUUUCAAUACAUUCACAUCAAGCGUCAGUGGCACAUCAUGUCUCGCUCGUCUCGUCAGCGUCUGCUGCUCUUCUACUAAAAAGUCAGUGUUUCUGACGAGCCCUGUGCGCAAAUCAAAUCGCGGGCAGCCAGCAGAUUAGUUCCCAACUGUUUCCAGAUACAUCGGAUAUUGUAAGAUUACUGUUCUGAAAAUUCUGGAGGUCGAGUAGCGAAUUCGUGUUACCCACCGUGGAGGUGUUGCAUCGCGUGAAGCUAGUCGGGAUUUUUUUGAUUUUAGUUUACCAUCUUUUGAUCAUUGGAUAUGUUCAAGUCGAUUUACGCACCCCUUAUGCGACUAGUCGCGGUUUCAUUCAUUGCUUGUCAUUCCGUGUGAGGUCGUAAUGGAAAACAAUUCCAUUGCUCGGAUUAGGGUCACGAUUCGGUUUUUUGCAUCCUUACGAGGGAAUUGUAAAUUUAUAAUUGUUGCAAGUUGGAAGAAAUAUCUUGGGACUUGUGUUUGCACGCAUUGCGUUUUCGAAAUGAUUGUCAAUCUUUUCAAGGUUGCGAGCACAGAAUUUGAUUGUUUAAUUGUAAUAAAUUGUAGUGUUCGUCGUGUA